GAAUAUGAUCCUCUUUCAUAUUCAUAUUCAUAACGAAUGCCUCUUGUUCAAUCUUCAUUUUUAUUAUUAUUAAUUAACUUCAUUCACAUCUCUCUCAAGCUCACUUCAAUAAAUAAAUAAAAACCCUGCGUGUUUCAAUUCAAUUCAAUUAUUCAAUUUUCAUCGUUCACGUUUUCUGAAUCGGGACGGAAAUGCUUUCUUCUCGGUAAUUCUCAUCAAAGAUCGAAACUUUCGAUUUGCUUUUGUCUCAAACGACAGGUUGUUUUCGUUUUCUCUUUCUGGUUAUUGGAGCUGAAGUUUAUGAGGGAGUUUGCUGCGAAUUCGACUCCCUGAUUCUGAAAUUAGGAUCAACUGUCUUUGGUUUUCUGUUGGCCUAUAAUGUCAGGGUAUGAAGGGCAAUGUAGUACUGAUGAAAUUAGAGAGAGGAGAUCGGAUGUUGAGAACUCAGAAGACGAGAGGCGGUCGUCUAAAAUUGGAACCCUCAGGAAGAAGGCAAUGAAUGCUUCGUCUAAAUUCACCCAUUCCCUUAAGAAAAGAGGAAAGAGGAAAAUUGAUUAUAGGGUUCCGGCAGUAUCCAUUGAGGAUGUAAGAGAUGAGGGAGAGGAGACUGUGGUCCAUGAAUUGCGCCAAAGACUUAUUGAAAGGGGAUUGUUACCACCUAGGCAUGAUGACUACUAUACAUUGUUAAGGUUUCUUAAAGCUCGGGAUUUUAACAUUGAGAAGACAAUUCAGAUGUGGGAAGAAAUGCUUUUGUGGCGAAAGGAAUACGGAACUGAUACCAUCCUUGAGGAAUUUGAGUUUGAAGAGCUAGAAGAAGUAUUGCAGUAUUAUCCUCAAGGGUACCAUGGAGUUGAUAAGGAAGGUAGACCAGUUUACAUUGAGAGGCUUGGGAAAGCUCAUCCAAGUCGCCUGAUGCGCAUCACCACAAUAGAUCGAUAUUUGAAGUACCAUGUCCAGGAGUUUGAAAGGGCUCUGCAGGAGAAAUUUCCUGCAUGUUCCAUUGCAGCAAAGAGACGGAUAUUUUCAACAACAACAAUAUUGGAUGUACAGGGGUUGGGAAUGAAAAAUUUCACUCGUACUGCUGCCAAUCUCUUGGCUGCUAUGACAAAAAUAGAUACCAAUUACUAUCCUGAGACUUUACAUCAAAUGUAUAUUGUCAAUGCUGGUUCUGGCUUUAAGAAGAUGCUCUGGCCUGCUGCACAGAAGUUUUGUGAUCCCAAAACUAUUGCAAAGAUACAGAUUCUUGACUCUAAGUCUUUAUAUAAAUUACUGGAAGUCAUUGACUCUAGUCAGUUGCCAGACUUUCUGGGUGGUUCAUGUACAUGUCCCACUGAAGGUGGAUGUCUCAAGACUAGCAAGGGUCCAUGGAAUGAUCCUGAUAUCAUUAAGCUGGUACAUAGUGCUGAGGCAACAUUGGUUAGGCAACUCUCUAGAGCGUCCAAUGAACAACAGAAUUUUGACUCCUUUCAAGUACACUCAUUGAAGGGUCGAUGCAGUGAUUCAUCAACAGCAGAAUCAGGGUCUGAUAUUAAUGAUUACUCCUCUCCGACCAGACAAAGGAGCAGUACUCAUCUUCGUUUAGCCCCAGUUGAUGAAGAAGUCAGGGUACCAGAUCUAAAUGGCUACUACAGCUGUGACGAUAGUGCUCCCACAACUGAGAAAGUAGUAGAAAAUGGUCAGUUUCACCUUUCUCAGAAGCAAUCAUUGCAAACUAACGACAUGGAGAAUGUUACUCAUAGGACGAUUUCAGAAGGUACUUCAGUCAACAAUUUGUUCCGCAUCAUUAAGGAAAUAGUAGAGAAGACAAAUCAUUUAUAUGUGACUAGAGUGCUCGCAUCUUUCAUGGAAAGACUCAUUACAUUCAUCCGCAGUUUAAGAUUUGAGUUUUGGAGAACACAGAACAAUGUUCACCCAUCAAAUACCACGGAACAUAACAUUAAUAACCAUUCAGCCGCUGUUGAAGCAGCUUUUGAAAGAGAUCAUAUUCUUCCUUGUGCACAACGGCUUCAGAGACUAGAAAAAGUAUUUGAGGAACUGAACAACAAACCUUAUGGUAUGCCCCUGGAAAAGGAGAAAAUGCUAAUGGAUUCCAUGGAUAGGAUCAAAUCUGUUGAAUUUGACCUUGAAAAAACAAAGCGGGUAUUGCAUUCUGCAGUGAAGCAGCAGCUUGAGAUUGCUGACUUGGUGGAGAACUUGCAGAAAUCAAACUGUCGACAAAGAAGGCUAUUCUGUUGAAUCAUCUCAUCUGAGUUUCAGAGACAAGAGCUCUUUACACCACACAAGAAUACUUCCUUUAAAUAUCAGAUUUACUUACACGUAGAUUGGACACAAGGAAGCCUGAGGCAGGGAGUACAAAAUCAAAGCCUAAUAACACAGAGACCUGGGGAGCAUACACAGUACAGAGUUCACUUUGUAUUAUAAAUAUAUAAUUUAGGUUUCAUGUCAAAUGCUUUCCCCUCAUAUUCCACAGUAAAUAGGUGACAAAAACUUUGUAGUUUUGCUUGGACGAUAUGUUUUUAAUGUAGAGAAUAGAAAGAUAAUAGAAAAGUUUAUAAUGCCGAAAAAGGUUUUUGAAAAAUAUUUGGCUGACACUGAAAUAAUAAAUCAGCAGAUAGUGUGUGACAAUUGUCUAUUUUCUCUA